AAUAAUGAGAGCGAGCGGGGUGUGCUGGUUCAAGCUGGCAAAACCCUACCUUGGCCACGCUCUAUACCCCGCACUGACCUCCCCUGCAUCAUUGGGAUCGGCCCUUCAUCCAGCCUCGCAAGCAAAUGGCAGCCCAUCCGUGCCUCCAAGGGACCCUGUAGCAAUCUUCUGGGACUGGGAAAACUGUCAGACUGCAGCCAAUAAUUCAUAUCGUGCAGCACAGCGCCUGCGUGAUAUUGGUCAAAAAUAUGGACCCGUCACUGUCUUCAAGAGUUAUGUACAGGCUGGUCAACCUUCAUAUUUCUGCAGCGGCAAGGUCCGCCUCGCCUUGCAUACCUCAGGCGUGCACGUUCUAGACUGUCAAUUAGUUAAGGGUCGGAACUUAGUCGACCAAACUAUCAUUGAGGAUAUGCUGUCCUAUGCCGUCGACAAUCCUGCGCCCGCUACAGUUAUUCUGGUUUCGGGGGACGGCCAUUUUGGGCGAGCACUCGCCUUGCUCAACCAGCGUCGGUAUCGCGUGGUACUUGUCCAUCCUUCUAAGAUCAGUAAUCGGGCAUCGAUCGCACAAGCAACAAAUACCUACAGCUGGGAUGAUGUGGUUUGGCAAAAAACCUCACCUGAGGAGACUGUCGUUGAUUUGGAGCAGCCGACUGCAAACGCGGUUCCCCCAUCUAGGGCCCGGAAGCGUGAAGAAGAAAUAACCUCAUUAGACCCUGUGAAGUCUUUAAGCGUCAGUGACAGCGUCCCGGCAGACACGAAUGAUCAAAGUCCCGAUGAUCAAGCUACUGCAGAAUUGGACCAUGUUGCAGCUAUACGUGAUGCACCGGGCUGGAGGAGCAGGGAUAGGGCUACUCAGCAAUGGGUUUCGUGCCUCCCCGCCUCGGAAUUUAUACCUAUGAUCAACUUUCUGAGGUUGGCAUACGACAGUACGGGUCAAAUAUGGCAUUCGGUGUACUCGCUAGGAAUUUUGCUGGGGAAACAGGAACCGAAGUUGAGACCGUUCCUUCGCAAGAGACGGCUAAAACGCUAUAUCCUUCGAGCGAAGGAGCUUGGUAUAGUCACGAAUGACCGUGAAUGGUCUCAUCCAGUUGUCGGUCCACCUAUCAAUAUUCGUUUGCAAGCCGAAUAUCUUCCUGUCGGUGUCGAGCUCUCAAUGGUGAACCAUGAAUCUAACCUGGAUUCGAAAUUGGAUACAUCUGGGGAACCGGAUGACUGGGACGGGAGGGAGGGAGAAGAGCUCUUACAUUCAGACUUCGCUGCAUGAUCAGAGGGAUGGAGGUGGGCAUCGUACAUCAUUACCAAUACUGCAUUAGCUCUAAUAGAUUAAUUCGGUCAACCGCCGUUAGUUUGAUUUCCCUGCCAAAGACCAUACGUCUUUCCUGGUGUCGUCUGCCAAAGUCGAAUCGUGCCAUCCUCUGUUAUUAAGAAAAGGAUAAACGGGUCAAUAGAUGGCACCAUGUAGACAAAUUGGAUGAAAAACUAACCACUACCACUGGCGAACAUUUCACCAUCCGGACUGAACUCCACGCAAUGUACGGGCCCAUGGUGACCCUUCAAGACAUCCCUCUCCUCUCCACUCAAAUCAUGCACCCUUACCCACUCAUCGCUCAUACUACCCGUCACGAAGCGAUCUUGCAAAAUGGGAUGUAUAGAUGCAGACGAAGGAGCGUAAGGCAGUGUGAGGCUGUGUGUCUGAUUUCCAUUGGGAAGCGCUGGAAUGAAGGACACAGUUUUUCCAGAGGUGACGACGAGACGGUUGGUUUGUGGUGAAAGUUCCAUGGAAGUGAUAGGUCCCGGGAAAGUGAGGCUGGUACUCACAGUCCUAGAACGAAGGUCCCACCACCUAGAUAACGUCAAACGUGUCAGAUUAGCUCUUAAAAUUGGAAUGGAAGUUUCAUUUCAACUG